UGUGUUUUGCAUUUUUCCUCUUCUACAAGAGGUAACCACGUGGUUCGCACGCGUUUCAAAAAGCGAUCGGAAGAAGAGAACCAGAUCUUGAAUUCUCUGCUUAGCUUCACUGCCACACAAACUCAAAGCUGUUUCCCUCUUCGUCUUCCUCCAUAUGCAUUGCUCUUAAAAACACGUUCAUCUAUUCACCAUGGUCGUCGUUCACAACGCCGGCUUCAGUUAUCCGCUUCAUAACAGCACCAAUCCUAUUGUUAAAUUCUCAAGUCAAGCUACACCGUUAAAGCCUUGGCCCUUCUUGUUCCACGGUUCAACAAGUUUGUUACUUUCAAGCAAAAGGAGAUUGGCUCGGUCCUGUUCAGAGACAAAUAACAAUUCCAUCACAACAGCAAGUGAACCCGUUGAAUCUACAAAAAGAGCACCUUUGACAGCAAGAGAGAGACUAAGAGCAGCACGUGUGCUCAGCCGAUACACAGAAGCAACACCUAAACCAUCAAAACCCAAAAUGGGGAGCCAAAUCUUGGAGGUGCUCAAGGAAAGCGAUAAGAAAUCGAAUAGGAAACCGGGUUUACCCGAAGCACCAACCAACAUGCUUGAUGAUAGCAAGAGAGGUAUGCCAAAGAAAGGGCUUACCUUUGAUCUACCCGGAAGUGCGGAUAUACUAGUCAUUGCUUUUUCAUUUGUGUUCAUAAGCACUGUGAUGUUUGCUACUACUUUUGUUGUCUGGAAACUCGGUGCCAUUCACUUCAAUGAAAACUAACCGGUUUGAUUGUA